AUGACGUGGUCGUGGGUCGGCCUCGAUGGGAAGAACGUGGCAGCGGUCGUGAGCCACACGCGCAUCGACCUCCUUGACACGCAGGACUUCUCGCUCCUCGGGCGCAUCGUGCCAGGCCCCAAUGCUGCCAACCAGCCCUUCCAUGACACGCCCAUCUUACUCACGCAGUGGAACGCGCGCCGGGCGUCGCUCGUCUCGCUCUCGUCAACCGUUCUCAUGAUCCACUGCCCCGACCCGGUGGCCAAGUACGCCAAGUACCGCGUCAGCUACGCGCAUGCGUGGAGCAUGCGCUUCGAGGCCGGUGAGGUCACGCACCUCGCGCUCUCCCGCUGCUCGUACUCGAUGCUCAUGGGCGGUCCGCGUGGCAUUUCGCUCUGGGAAUGUUCGCCGAACGACGAGUCGGUCAAGUACUCGUGCGUGUGGCGCAAGCAGACGCCGUGCGACCAGCUCGCGUUCUCGCCGUCGCGCUGCGUGUUUGCCACAGCGCAAACCGGCGCGACCGAGGUGUACGUGUGGCGGCAAGAGCAGCACGACGACGGCUCCAACAUAGAAAAGCAGAUUCUCGGCCAUGACGAAGGCGUCGUGUACAUCUCGUGGAAGCCAGCGACGCACAACGACGCGACAACGAGCGACGACAGCAACGGCCAAGUGCCCUCCAAGUGGUUCCAGCCCGAGCGCAUGCUGCUGACCAUGACGGCCGAGAAGACGAUCCGCAUCUGGACCGAGAAGGCCAGUGGCUGCGGUACGCCACUCAUGCAGUGCGUCGUCUUCAUCCAGCCGCAAGCGAACCUGGACAUUGCGAUGACGCGCUGGGUGCUGCCGCGCACGCGCAACAUUAGCGAGGAGCUCUUUGCCUCGAGCAAGGACGAUGGCAGCAAGAAGAAGAAGACGCGCGAGUGGCUCAGCGUCAUCGACACAAGCGGCGUCCUCCACGUGUGGCAGCUCACGGGUCUCGACGCCAAGCCGCGGCUCAAGAAGACCGACUUUACGUUCAAAGUCGACGGCAACGAAGACGAUGACGCGCGGUCCGUCAUCAAGCAAGUGCAGGUGAUUGGGUACUUUUCGCAAACCGGCGCGGGCGAUCCGUCCGCGCUCUCGAUCUUGCUCGAGCGGACCGACCACGUGCUCUUGUCGUACCGCAUCGACUGCACUUCGCUCAAGUACCCGAUUCUCAAGGACAAGAGCUGGCACCGCGGCCACACGGAGCCCAUCACGGCGCUGGCCACGCACCCGUCGCUGCCCUUGGUCGCCACCACGAGUGCGCGGGAGAUCAUGGUGUUUUGGCUCUCGCUCUCGACCUUCACCAACGUCUCGAAGCUCGUGCCGUCGUGCAUCAUGACGUGCGACGAGCAGAUCGCGUCCAUCCAGUGGAUCCCGACCAAGCACUUUGACGCGGUGCCGCUCUUGCUCGUGACGAUGGCGUCCGGCGUCUUCCAGAUCUACAGCACGACCGGUGCGGACCAAGGCAAGAUGCUCUCGUCGCCCAAGCCGGGUCUCGGCAACCGCCUUCGCCUCCCGAGCAUGCACUACCCGUGGACCUACUACUCGCACGAACUGGGCGAAUCCGGCUUUGAAUACGAGGUCGGCCUGAAGCCGGACCCGCACUUUGGCCUGGGCCUGACGUUUGACACGCUCGGCGAGAAGCUCGUUGUGACGGCGUUCGUGCAUGGCGACGAGGACCACAACCACCGGCUGCCCGGCCAAGCGAGCGGCCAGAUCGAUAUGCUGGACCAGUGCGUGUCGGUCAACGGGGUUAGCGUCAAGGGCUUCUCACUCGAGAGGUUCCGCAACCUCGUGUAUGACACGAUCGCGUCGACGGACGGACCGGUCACGUUGCGCUUUCGUUCGAGCGGUGGCAACUUUAAUGACGUGGCGCGGCGUGCGCUCGAGCUGGACGACGCGACGCAAGUCGAGGAAACUGCGAUUCGUUAUGAUGAUGACGAGGACGAGGAGGAUGACGAAGCCGAUGACGGCGACGACGUGUCGCACGAAGACCACGCGCAGCAAGGCCGGCGGCUCCUCGCGCGCGUCCAGAGCAAGACGCUUCUCGGUGUCGACAGCGUCGGGUCCGUGAGCUUGUACGGCGGGUGGCGCGUCAUCGGGUCCGAGUCGACGGGUUGUGUCUACGAGCACGUGUCGGUGGCGCCCGUCUACUCGGACGCUGGCGCUUACACCUCGGACGUGGUGCUCAUCUUUGCGAUCGAAGCCGCCUCCCAGGAGCUCCACGCGUACCUCGGCACGUACCUGGCGUCGACGCACGCAACGUUUUACCUCCACAAGCUCGAGAUGGUCUCGAACGUCCGGAGCACGAUGGGCCACAUCACGGUGCUGGGCACCGAGCGCGACUACCGCCAGCGCGCGUUCUCAUCGAUUGUCAAGCCAGCGCCGAACGACGUGACGUGGAACGCGCUUCUCUUUGUUGGCGACGCCACCGGCGCGAUCCAGCACUGGCGCUGCCGCGUCACGCACCAAACCAUCGACUUUUCGCUCAUCCACGCGUGCGAGCCGCUGGUGACGCCGUCACCGUCACCGUCGUCGUCCGUGGCGCCGCACCAGUUUUUUCGGCGCGGCCACGCCAUGCCGUCGGAAGCCGUGACGGCCGGCGUGUACCACAUUGAGAUGGACGACCCGAACCGUCUCGCGGUGCUGUACGCCGACCGCCCGAACGACGUGUACGUCUGGGAAGGCGAGUCUGGACUUGGCAUUCUGCGCCUCGAAGCGUGCAUUUCGUCGCAAAGCAACUGGGGGCCCGUGACGUCGUUCAGCUGGUGCUCUGGCCACGUCGAGUUCCACAUCGACCCGCUCGCGAUCCAGUAUGUCGGUGGCGUCGUCAUCUACACGUACGACGCGCAGCACCAGACGUGGCUGCCGCUCUCCAAGCCCAUCGUGACGGGCCUGACCAUGUUUGACUGCACGCGCGACGCCUCUGCGCUCAUCUUGGCCUGCGGCGUCUCGGACGGACCACUGUACCAGUGCGCAGCGCUCAACGACACGCCGACGAUCGUCGGCAAGUGGGACGAGCCCGGUCGGCUCCGGAAGCGCGACUGGGUCCAGUACUGGAAUCGUACGACAAAGCCAAAGCACUGCCCGGUGUGGCACCCGUACGUGCUGCUCACGACGCUCUGCGGCCUCCCGGCGCGCGUCGGCCUCGUCCACACGGCGCUCGCCGACUACCGCCCGGCGUUUGACUUUCACCAAGCGUUUGGCGAGACGGUGCAGCUGCUCAAACUGCUCGCGCGGGUGCUCGAAGACGACAUGUCGACCGACAUGAGCGCGCAAACCGGCGUGCUCAUCGUGCUGCAAGAGACGCCGACGGCGCCUGCGUCGCUCCUCGGGCGCUACGCCAACGCCAAAGGCAACCAGCCGCGUAGCAACCGCGCGAUGGAUCUCUUUGCGCCGUCGCCACCGACGCGGACGGCGCCCCCGACUCCGAUGGACGAAGGCGUCCUCAACAACCGCGACAUUGGCACGCUCACGACGGCGAUCGAUGCUGUGCUGCGACGCUUGACGCAAAAGGUCCAAGUGCGCUACGAGGAGCAGGAGCACCGGAACGCGUACGUGCUCUUCGAGUCGUUUGAGGUUGAGCAUGGUCUCCAGUUCAAGGCCGUGCUCUCGUUUCUGCAAAAGAUGCAGCACCUCUCGCUCAACGGCUACGAUGUGCCCGCGCAGCGCUACGUGCUCGGCCACGUCCUCUCGACGUGCCUCCAGGACGUACUGCAUGACGCCGACGACCUCGCCGGCGUCUUUGCCAUGCCGGUCGUCCCGAUCGACGAGGCGGGCGUCGCGGUCGCCGGCGGCCCGCCGCCGACCGUCGAAGGCUUCUUGCACGACGUGCCGGCGUCGAGUGUGUCGUGGGCGCUCCAGUCCGAGUCGCAGAACGUGCUCCUUGAGCAGUGUCUGCACCCGCAAGCGCUCUGGGACGACCUCAAGCCCAUGUGGCUCGGCCUCUGGGUGCGCGACCCGGCCAAGCUGCGCGAGAUUGUCGAGCGGAUGGCCAAGUGCACGUUUAUGCGCACGCGUGACGCGAUGAGCGUCAGUCUUUUGUACCUUGCGCUCGGCAAGAAGAACGUGCUGGGUGCGCUCGCCAAGGUCUCGCGCGUCGAGUCCAACAAGACGCUGGCCGAUUUUCUCGUGCACGAUUUCUCGGAGGAGCGCUGGAGCACGGCCGCGGUGCGCAACGCCUACUCGCUGCUUCGGAAGAAGCAGUACGACCUCGCGGCCGCCUUCUUCCUCUUGCCGCAGCCGCCGCGGCUCCAGGAGGCCCUGCGCAUCUGCAUUGGCCGGCUCAACGACCCGAGCCUCGCCAUGAUCAUCGCGCGUCUCGUCGAAACCGCGAGCGUCUCGUCGACGUUUGAGGCAUCCGACAUUUACAACGUCGGGCCGCUGACAGCUGAGGUGCUCAAGACGAGUCUGGUGCCGCUGUUCCGCGAGCAAGAGAACCGAUGGCUCGAGAGUACCGCGCUCUGGUGGCUUGGCGAGUACGAACAAGCGUCGGCCGUGCUGACGCCGAGCGGCCAGCCCAUCGACGUCGUCAACAUGGACGCGCUCCAGCGCAUGCUCUCGGACGCCAAGCCCAACGAGGCGCAGGCGCCGCACAUGAGUAUCGCGCUUCGCACCAAGAUGAGCCUCGACUUUUUCAUCAACUUGACGUCGCUCUCGCUGCACUACCAGUACCUCUACUGCGAAGUGAAGCGGCCGCUCGUGCACUUUGCGUACACGUCGCUCCUUGAGAUGGCGCCAACCAAGAAGGAGGAAGACGUGCUCACGACGUCGACUGACGUCGACCACGCGUACUCGUUUGGCGCCUACGUGUGCAAGCACGUGGGUCUCAACGACACGGCGCUGCUGCAGAUGCUCCAGGCGCGGCAUCUGCUCAACAUCCACGUCAAGAAGAACUUUAUGCACAUCAUUGACGCGCAGCACCAAGCGCCAACGCACCUCUCGUCGCCGCGGAGCGAGAUGGACGUGUACCAGCGCCAGCACCACUGGUAUCUCGAGCCCAAGACGUCGUCGUCGUCGUCGUCAUCGAACGCGCUCUUUGGGUCACCCCGGAGUGCAAACGUGACGCGCCGCCGUAGCAGCUUUUCCCUCGCCCAGCAUCUGACGCUCGAGACGGACCGCACGAGCUUGACGGAAGAAGACUGGCAGGAUUUGCUGCACGGCGCGGCCACGUCACCGUCGUCGACGGACGAUGUGCCGAGUCUCUGGCCCAAGCACGAGAUCGCCGACAUUGAGUGCCGGCGCUGGUCGUCGUCGGCGUUUGUGGGCAAAAUGAUCGGCCUCCGCGUCGCGCGCGAGAUGAUUUCGCACUUUCGGCUCUCAGUCAAGCGGCACAUCCACCCGCUCUCGACGCGCGUCCGCAUCGACCACGUGAGCUACCUCAACGACCUCUGCGCGCCGCUCUGCGCCCAGUUCCGCGUCGACCGCCAGUACAUUCUCGAGGCGACGCUCGGCGUGCUCCAGCCGCAUGCGCAGAUGCACAUGGUCGAGUGCUGCUUCCUCUUGUCCGAGCUCUCGCGCGACGCCGUCAUGCACGAGUGGGUCAACUUUGUGAGCCUCAACAUGCUGCACUCGUCUGCGAGCUUUACAACGUGCCAGAUCACGGCCGAGGUGUUUCGCGACUGGGAGCACCUCACGAUCCAGCUGUGCUACCUCCAGCACCUCUUUGAAGAAGGCACGCUUGCGCUCCCGCGACCGCUGCGUGCGGUGCUCGGACUCGCGAUCCGCCUCGGCAGCUUGCUCCUCGUGUGGUGUACGAACCAGCCGCAGCUGCUCCUCGACGUCACGUCCCAGUACGAACAGACGUUUGCCGCCAACCUCGCGAUCCUCAAGCAGGUCAACAUGAGCGCGGUGACGUUCCUCGAUCGGUCGGGCGCGUGCAACAUCUCCAACUUUGGCUACUCGUUCCUGGAGCAAUUUGCGGCCGUCCAGCCCGGAUCGCACCUCCUCCAAGUGCGCCGGCUGUACACGACGAUCCUCAUGGUGCAGCUCAUUCGAACGCUCUUUUGCAACGGGAAGAAGGUGCUCGCCGACGCGUUCGAAGUCGAGUACCCGCUCGACGAGACGACGCAGCAUGUCAUGAUGUACAAUGCGCUGUACGCGCCCAAGAAGCUCUGGAAGCACUGGGUCGACGCGCCGCUCACGGGGCUCAAGCGCUGGUACCUCUCGAUGGAGGCGCACGUCUUGACCGAGUUUCACGACAUUGUCAAAGACACGAGCUGCUUUUGCGGUCAUUUCGGCUUGGACCAGCUCGUGCGCCCCGUGGACGUGCCGGCGCCCGAGCUCCCGACGCUCGAUCUCGCACAUAUGAGCGACGAAAUGAUCAUGCUGUACAUGAACCACCCAAAGCUCGGGGUCACGAUGACCAUGCGCCGCUUCCGGCUCGAGCCGCGCGUGUACGUGCCGUGCUUUACGCUCAAGGACGCGUUUGCGUGGCUGUCGGCGCACCACCUCUGCGCGACCGUCGAGGAGGCGCAGGCGCUUCUCGGGCGCUGGUGCCUCAACCACAAGCUGCGCUGGCUCGUGCGGCGGCGGUCGCGCCUCGCUGCGCCGUCCCUCGAGGUGCACGUCGCGCCCAACGUCCACCACACCAUGUCGCUCAACGUGCCGCCGCCGGUCGUCGAGAAGACGAGCAUUUCGCCGGAAGCGAUUCCGGACGAAGCCUUCUUCUUUGUCAACCCAUGGGAGGUCGAUGCGCCGGCCAACCUCGCGCGCUACAUGCUCGGGAUGGACCCUGCGUCGCCGCCCAAGAAGACGCCGCAAGCGCAGCCGUCGCGCGUGGAUCUGGGCUGGGACACGUUCCUACCCAUGUCGGACCAGAUCUGCGAAGAAGCCGCGGGGCUCAUGUUCCCCGACAGCCACAUGCGCGAGGUGUGGAAGGCGCUCUGCGGCGAGGGCUGGUUUGUCACGGCCGUCCAGCACUUUGAUGCGGACGGCGGCUACAUCAAGACGAGCAGUCGCUGGAAGGAGACGGUGACGCACGCGCGCUGGCUCACGGACGUCUUCAAGCAAGUGCAGCGCAACAAGCUCUUCCGGCAUCUGGGGCUCCCCCACCGCCUCGUGGCCGUCCUCACGGUCAAGCUCGUCGCGGGCUCGCAUCUCAUUCCUAGCGACCUCUUGGGCUACUCGGCGGACCCGUACGUCUUCUUCCAGCUGUCGUACCCCCGCCACGAGUCGCCGCGCCCGACGCCCAACGGGUGGGCCAUCAGCACGUACCGCAGCCGACACGCGGUCUCGACGCUCGAGCCGACGUGGAACUCGCCGGACGACGUGUUUGUGUACCGCUUUGCGCUGCCCGUGCACGAAGCCCACGCACCAGACAUGCCGCUCGCGUCCUCGUCGCUCGAAGCGUUGCAGCAGCAGGCGUACUCGGGGCCGCCCACGGAUCUCUACUGCUCGGUGUACAACAAGUGCAAGGUCCGCAGCCACCCGUUCAUGGGCCAGACCAAGGUGAGCUUGCUGGAUCUGGCCGAAGACCACCCGCUGGACGUCUGGGCGCCGCUCCAGGAUGUGGCCAGCGGGUCGCUGCAUUUGGUGAUUUCGGUCAAGUACACGCUCAUGUCGUCGACCUCGUACGAAGAGGACUUUGUGCUGCCGCGGAAUGUCGAGUGCGACCUCUGCCAGGGCGACGUGGUCAUCGACGGCUCCCCCACCGACCACACGCCGACCAACAACUCGACAUAG